AUGGCUCGUAGCCAUAUUCCGAACAUUAUUUUAGAAGAAGAAGAUGAAGACGAGGAUAAUGACUUACCGAAUAAAGAAAUCGUAAUCGAGCCAGAAUCUGUCGAUUCUCACAAAAUCAAUAAAUCAUUAUUGAGCGAAAAUACCUAUAGGCACUACACGACGCCUAAUCGAACUUUUGCUCCGUAUGAACGUCGCGACUCAGGUGCUGUUUUUUCCAAGCCACUUCUCACUGCCAUUCCUCCUUUGGAGGAACGAUCUGAUUCUAUAGUAUCGGAAGAGAGCCAACAUGAUUUUGCUAUUGCACGUAUUGAGGAUAUAACUCUAAACCAGAUGCUUGAAAUAUCGACACUAAGUGAGAAGCAAUCUCGUUUUGGAACAUCAAAGAAGUACCUAAACAGUUUUUCCAUGAUGGAAUACGUGACGGUCCAGCUCCAACUUUCAUCGAACGAAGAAGUAGAAGAAAUUAAAAAAGAAUUAGAACUGUUAACUCAUUUAAGACAUAAUAAUUUGGCGAGAUUUUACGGAUAUCAUAUCUCAUCCAAUUUCACUGUUACAAUGUUUCGUGCUUUCAUGCCUUCAGGGACUAUCGCCGAUAAAAUUAAACAAGGUCCUCUCUCAGAGGAACAAGCUUUGAGGUUCUAUCGUCAGGCCUUGCAGGGAUUGAAAUAUUUGCAUGCAGAGAAUGUUAUUCAUGGAAACCUCAAAUGUGCAAAUCUUUUGGUCACUUUAUCAAACCAAGUUCAAUUAGCUGAUUUAUCUGUAAUCUUAGUUCCCGAACCAGAUGCUCACUUGAGACGUUCCCUGCUACACUCGGCCCCGGAACUGCUCGAAGAUAGGAAAUCUCUUCAUAAAACAACGGAUGCAACUGAUAUUUGGGCAUCAGGAUGUGUUCUGGUCGCAAUGUUAACUCGAUUCCUACCAUUCCAAGAUCAAUUCAUCUUAAUCCAUUCAGCAACCGAGUUACAUGAAAAGUUAGUAGUUGCGAACCAGUUAGGUACUCCUCAGCUAUCAUAUACAGCAGAAACUUUAGUACCAAAUUGUAGUGAACAGCUGAGUUCUAUUUUAAAUUCUGUUUUCACUCGAACCUCUAGCCUUCGGCCCACCGCUGCAGAGCUCAUUGAAAAGUUUUUCGAACCUUCUACACGACAAGUAUCGGAAUCCUUCAGCGCUCCACGACCAACAUAUUUGAAACACAAUGAUCUUUAUGAUGAACCAGAAGUCGAUACUCCUGAUUUUUAUUCACCAGAGGAUCUCCUGAGCCGUGGGUUAGAUUCGGGGCCUAAGUUGGAGGAAGUUAGUUGUUGCUGUCAAUGGUUGUCUUUCGUCCUUUCAAGGAUUUGGUACUUCUUCCGAUUUACUUUUCGUUCCAUUGGAAUGUUCAUUCUCUCCGCUUUAUCAUUGGCUCUCGUUGCUGGCACAGUAAUUUUAACGAUCAUCAUUUUCUAUAAGGGUAUCGGGUUAAUAUGUGGAUGCAACUUGAACGAAGGAUUUAUUGUUCUGAUUGCUUUAAUUCUCUUACCUGUUCUCAUUCUAUUGAUAACACUCUGUUGCAAUAACACUAUGGAAAAGUUCAAACACUCUAAAAGCGAAAGUCGAUUCGUUUAUACUCGGCCGGAGCAUGAUGUCAUUUUGUGUGGAGUGAUUGUAAUUGAUGGUAAAGGACAGAGAAAGCCGAGUGUGAGGAGAAAAUUGGCUACUACCAGCGAAGAACCUGGAUGUGUUGACAAUCUGCCGAAAACAGCUUUCAGUAGAGGAGUUGCUAGAAUAGCUUAG